ACAGACAGAGGCAAGUGGGCCGGUUUGAAGCUAAGCUAAUUCGCACAUUUCGAGCCAAUUUUUAAUACCAUACAAAUUCGUCUUUCCAGUAGUGCAUGCGCGUGACCGUUUGGAAAAAAUAUAAUUUCGCUUUUUGCAUAAAAGUUGCGCGGCUAAACUCCGAAAACGAGUGCGUAUUUUCAAACCCGCUCUCGUGCUAGCGGAGUCGGCAGCGGCUCGGCGCCAGUCUUGUUUGACAACAGCGCUUUCUUUCUGUCACGUUUUCGCUUACAGCGGAUCAACGCCUGUUGCCGCGAGCGCCCGGUAUCAAAACACUCGCUACCAUUGUCCAGUACCAAUAAACGAUGGCAGAGUUUUUGGAAGAUCCGUCUGUUCUCACAAAAGACAAGUUAAAGAAUGAGCUAACGGCGAACAACGUGCCGCUUCCGAGCGGGGAGCACAAGAAAGAGGUGUAUGUGCAGCUCUAUCUGAAGAACCUGACCGUCCUGAACAACAAGAAGAACCCCCCCACUGAUACUUUCUCCAGCGACGAAGAGCUUCCUGCGCCGGUGGUGUCCAACAGAAGCAGAUCUGGAAGAAAAGCCACCAGAAAGACUGACAAGCCACGCAGUGAGGAGGUGGACGUGACAGAUCUGACCGAUGAUGAUCUAAAGCAGCAGCUGGCCAAACAUGGUGUGGAGUCAGGACCCAUUGUAGCGUCAACAAGAAAAGUGUAUGAGAAGAAGCUGCAGAAGCUCAUCGAGCAGACGGCUGCUGAAGCCGCUGCUGAAGUCACCACUCUCCCAAAAGUCGACAGCAACCAGAAUGGGAACACAAACUCCGACCAGUACAGUGACAAGGAAGACGAAGAAAUUGUUGCAGCCGAUCCAGAGCCAGUUCCUGUGCCUGACAGACCGGUCCGGAGCCGAAGCAAAACCCCUGUGACCCUGAGGACAAGCAGCAAACGGCAAACUAAGGUGGUUGAAGAAAUGAUAACUGAAGAGACCCCCAAGAAAAGCAGUGACAGUGUUGUUGAAGAUAUCCUUGCCAACGAAAUCAGCACACCGACAGGCAUCAGUGCGACCUGCAGACGUCCCAUCCGGGGAGCAGCGGGUCGGCCGCUCAAACCCAGCGAGUACUGGUUGGACGAGUCCCGUCUGCUGCACAGCAUCCACACCGAGACUCGCUCAUACUCCGAGUCCAUCUCCAGAGGAGCCUCAUCGGGCCUGUCCAGCAAAGCCCCGGCCAGACGAGGCUUCCUGUCUCUGCUCCUGAAGCUCCUGCUCCUCGUGGCAGUCGCCGUGUCUCUGUACUUCGCCUACCAGAACCUGAACGCAGAGCAGAUCAACACUCUUAAAGGCCAUGCUGACAGAGUCAUCAUCCCACUUCAAGAUUUGGUGGACAAGGCCGCCGCAUACCUGCGCGCUGCUGGUGGGGAAGCCGUGAAGGAUGCUGGCAAGUAAAGUCCCUCGCCAGGUCCUGACCCCUGCUCCCUGUCGCCUGCCAAAAGUACCACAACCGCAACAACAACAAACUCUGUCUGGACCGUCUUUUUUCCGUCUCAUUCCUGGUUUGACAAAGAACUUGCUUGAUUUGGAACUUCUACACUUUUUGAGCAGUCUGUCUAUCCUUCUACCACUGGAGGGAGCUCUAUUCAAACUGUAGCUUCUGGACUUUCGUCGUCUUGGUCGACAGAAGAGACUUGUUGUCGUUUUUAAUCUGUGACUUGUCUUCAUGUGUAUCUAACCUCGUCAGUAGAGCCAAAUGGCGAGGCCAGUGUAUCCCUGCAUGUUUGUAGUUCUUACUGAUGUUUUUAACACCGUGUGCCAGGUGUUUCUGACGUGAAGUGCCUGCACACUUUUAGCUCCAAGUACUUUGAGUUUUGAAGGUUCAUUCUGGGUUUUUGUCGGACCUCUGUUACCUCCACUUAACUUUUUGGAGCCUGUCUAGUCUGAGGAGAAUUAACUUUGACCCAAAACAGCUGCAUUCUGCUGAAGUCCAACUGUUUCAGCGAGAAGGGCUGGUUUGACUUAGAAGGAACGUCCAGGUUGGGUUUUUAAAUUCUUCAGCUUUCAUCAGGAAAGAUUUCUGGAAUUAUUUGAACAGUCUGAUGUGUUUUUUACUCUCCUGCAACAGCUGUACUUAUUGGCUUUAGUUAAGUUUUGUAGAGAAAUACAACCCAUGAAAGGUUCUUAAUACAUUGAACAAGAUUGUGAGGGGUUUUUUUAACUGUACAAUGAGGCGAAUGUUCCUCACAAUCUUUUUUGAAACUAGCGGCAAGUGACAUGAGGAGAAUUCCUUCAAGACGUCAACAGUUAAAAGCAGAAUUUCCUCAGUAGCUUUAGAGGUAGGAGAGAUUUUUACGGUGCUCAGGUCGAUUGAAGUGGAAGGAUCUGUGUCAUGUAAUCUGGUGACAUCACUGAUGGAAUAAAAACCUUGUCCACCUUUUACUUUUUCAUCAUGAAGAACAUUUACUGUAUUUUAACAUCCUGUUUCCACAUUAUUAUCCAGGUGAAUCAUCAGCAUUUAGCACUGACUGUCUUUGCUUUCUACGGUUGUUAUGAUCCGAUCAUAGAUGGUGGGUUUUGCCGGCAUCCAUGAGUUUUAUGUUCUUUGGCUUUCUUUGUGCUCGUCGUUUUUAUUAGACUUGUAACCCCCGGUCCGUCUGGCAGGACUGUCUUUUGCAGUGCACCCACAUAACUGACCUCACUGAACUACUGUGGGCCCUUUGAGCCAGCAUCUAGUGUGAAAAUUACCACUUAAAAACAUGACCCGUGGCCCACAGGGAGGGAGGAUGUUCACUGGAGGUGAUGACUUUUUAUUUUUUUUAACUCUUGUGUCACACCCCAAUCGGAAGGUUCCUAGCAAUAUGAAAUAACACAGCAGUCAUAUGAGAUUUGGCCCUUUAAACAUGUGAAUGAUGAACCGGCAGCUUUUCGUCAUUGGACAGAAUCGACACCAGUUAUGUGGGGGAGGAUUUGUACUGUUUAUUUAUGAUGUAAGUGGUGUAUCAUAAAAUAAACUUGGUUGUCAGCA